AGGCCGCGGCCCGGGUCACUGCUGAAUCUGGAGGAGCGCAUCAGGUGAAAAAAUAUGUUAGUAGCACGUCUGGCUUCCCAGUUAGUGAAGGCUUCACAGACUACAGGACACCUCUGGCCAAGGUCAGUGUCUUCCAUUCUUUAUUCUCAUUCUGCAUUUACCAAGUAUAGCACUCAGCCCUCUAACAAAAAUGGAGCUCAGCCUCAGCAGUGGCAUGUGCAGGACCCUGACCUGGAAGAGAUGCUGGUUCCUAGAAAGCUUUCCAUCAGUCCCUUGGAAAGCUGGCUGACAGUUAGAUACUUGCUUCCGAAAGCAGAAAUAGUCAAUAUUCAGGAAAAAGUAGGCGAUGAACCUGUGCAACAAUAUGACUGCCCAGCAGCUGAUGUGGGAGCUAAGAUGGAAGAAGGGGAAGGAGCAGUUGGCAACCAACUCGAAUGUAAGAAUGUUCUGAAGAUCCGCAGGAGGAAAAUGAACCGGCACAAGUAUAAAAAGCUGCUAAAGCGGCGAAAGUUUGUGCGAAGGAGGAUAAAGGAAGGCCGCAAGAAGAAACGUCAGGUGAAGUUUGAGAAAGAUUUGCAGCGCAUCUGGAAAAGAGCUGGUUUGAAAAACCCUCCUGCAGGAUGGCAAACACCCAAGAUAUUUUUGAAAAGUUCAAAGCGAUAAAAAUGCUUGUAAUGAGUUUUGACCUAUAAUUUUAAUUAAAAAAUAUUUAUGCAGACUUCUUUCAACCUUUUCUUCUGAAUGUAGUGAGAUUAGUAGGAGAUCACUUUUUAUCUUUGGUAAACAGUUUUCUGGGGGAAAACUUGGUGUGGAUGUGCACUUCUCCCUCAGAAAAGUAUUUUGAGCAGUUAUUUGCUGUGUGCAGUCUUGUGCUGCUUUCCGUGUCUUGGAGCACAUAAAUCUUCUGGACUGUAGCUGAAUUUCUGAAGGUGCUAUUAAAGGUUAGACUGGAUGAUAUAUGAUUAAAAACAACAGGCUGUGGGAGGUGAAAUAUGAAGUGAAAGAAGUCUUCUGAUUGUGUAACUAUAUAAAACUCCAGCAAUUAAAUUAUGUUUAAGGUGACCACAUUAUUUUAUAGUAUUAUGAAAUACAUGCAUACUAUAGAAAGUCUGCUACUUUUAAUGAAGAGUUAAUUGGAGAAAGUUUGUUGAAAGGCUUACUAUUCACUAAAAACAAAAACUGUAUUUUGUCAGAGAUUGCCCUCUUGUAAAUGGUUGUU